GCGAUAGCUCGCGUCUCCUUCGCGGUAUCGCUGGAGGACGAACGACACGGCAUCUCUCAGUGCGCUUACGGGGACCAGCAUGCUCCGCUACCAUAGAGGAUAGCGUUUGCCACUACGAUCAUCGCAUGCUCGCACGUACCACCACGGACAGUUCCGUUUCGCAAUAAGAAAGAUGUCUGGGACGGGUAAGAGGACUUACCUUCGCGAGGUAAAUCCCUAUCUCAUUUGUCCGUUGUGCAGAGGGUACCUCAUAGACGCGACCACCGUCGUCGAGUGUUUGCAUUCGUUUUGCAGAAGCUGUAUUUUGAAACACCUCAACGCGGAAGCUCAUUGCCCGUCUUGCAAGCAUGUUCUCAACAAAGCCAAACCGAAUAUCAAAGCGGACAAAGCGUUGCAAGACAUCGUGUACAAAUUGGUUCCCGGAUUGUACCAUAAAGAGAUGCGCAAGAGAAGAGAGUUCUACAAGAAGCAUCCGGAGCACGCCGACUUCGCGACCCCCGAGCAACGCGGGGAAGACGUGAGCGGAAGGUUAAUCUUCGCCCCAGAAGACGCGGUCAGCUUAAGUUUAGAGUACCUACCACCUGGAGCGGAUCCGCAGACCAUGCUGCUUAGCAAUAUGGACGAGGUCAACAAUUUGAACGGAUCCAACAGCCAAACUAAUAUCAAUAAUAAUAUCAACAAUAACAGCAUCCAUAACACGAAUUCAACGAAUAACAGGCGGUACCUUCAGUGUCCGGCUCUGGUGACCAUAGCGCAUUUAAAGAAAUUCUUAGCUUUGAAGUACAGCGUCGACAUGACGAGAUAUACCAUUGAAAUUUGCCACCGACGUGCCCCGCUUCCGGAACACUGGACACUCAUGGACGUCGCCUAUAUUUACGCGUGGAAAAGGAAUGCUCCGAUGCGAUUUUUCUACCGAGUAGCGUUGGAAGAGCAGACGUUGGAAGCGCCUCCGCAUGACAGGCCUUCCACGCCCGGUCUCGGUGCAAGUUUACCUCCGGUUGACGCUGCCGUCACUACAAGAAACACCAUCAACGUAGACAGUCUCGAGAACAACGUGGAAUCGAAGACGGAAGUCGGAUCUGGGAGCAACCGUGACGAGAAACAAACGUUGGACAAUCAAAGCCAUGUUUCGAACGAACAGCAUACGGCGGAAGUCAAGAAAAUCGACACGAAAGCCGACGAGCAAGCGGAGAAACCUGCAAGUAGCGUUGCAACGUCGAGGACCGCGAAUUCGACGACGGUUUCGGCUUCUUCAACGAAUACGACGACAACGACGACGGCAACGACGACGACGGUCACGGGGUCGCCUACCUCGAACAACGAGACGACCAAGCAAAUCAAAACGCCCAUUAAGAUACUGAAGAAUCCAGACGGAAGGUACGAGGUCUUAAGAAGUCCAGCGGUCAGCUGGAACUCGAAGGAACAGAGCGUCCCAAGCACGGAAACCAAGUCCUCCAAUCCCGAGUUCAGCGUGGUUAGCAUAGGUAGCGGACAGAACUCGAACGGAGUCAAGAUAACGCUGAAACAGUGCACGCCAACCAACGUGAGUCCAAACAAGCCCAAGGUUAUCAGCAAUGUAUUACUGCACUGCGGUGGUCAAAUGGAGCAGAGAGAUUCCCCUAACAAGUUAGUCGUUCAACAAAUUCAAAGAAACAGGGAGAAACAGUCGGCGGACAAGCAAGAGAAACAAAGACGCAGAGUUACCUUCGUGGAACGGUCCAGUUCUGAGAAAAUCGCGAGUACCCCGUUGAAAAUAGCGCCGAAGAAACCAGGCGAACAGCAGGAGAAGAAACAAUUUCUUCAAGGCUUUCAGUUAACCGCCAAAGAGACGAGUCUCGACAUACCAUCGGAACCGAAUUCUAAAGGGAAAGAGGCUAGUCGUAAGCCCGGUAGCGAAUCGAGCGGUACGCAAAGCGAUGGUAAUGGUAACGCUGCGAAAAAGGAACAGGACGCUGUUUCGACCGAGACGUCAAGCAACGCGGAAGCGCAGAAGAAGAACAACGUCGAGAAUGUCGGUGUAAACGCAAGCGGAAACACGGUCAACGCGAGUAAACGUGUUACUGCCGCGAGUGGAAUUAGCGGGAACGCUCGAGUGAACGCGAACAAACAGUGCAGUGACGUGGACGCGCGUGCGUUCGGUUACGCAAAGAGUGCGAAUGCCACCACUGUGAACAUCAACACGUCCAGCAAUCCUGCAAAGGUCGAUGUGUACACUUUCUCCAACGAUCCUCCGAUACUCCCAGCGGGAGCGGUGAAGAGAAAGUGCCCGCCAGGGCUACCGAUUUUUGAUAUCAAGCGAAAAAGGCAGCAUCAGGUUCAAGCUCAAACCGCGAAGAAACAGACUUCCGCUGCUGUAGCUCCUGCUCCUCCUUCUUCUUCGCCAGUUCCUGCGCAAACCAAUGCCAAGUCCCCGAGAAAGCUGCCCACCGAGCACGUUAUUCCCGCGAAGAGAUCUGCGAACGCGCUGGGAGAACCUGGCCCCAGUCGAACCCACGCAACGCAAGCUUCGAAAUCGUCGUCGAGUCCGAUGCUUUCGAACGACACGAGAAAUAUUUUGGACGGUUGCGGACUUAAUAUCCCCGCGAGCCUCAGUAUAACUCUAACGGCGCCAAAGUCACCCGGUAGCAGCGCCGGAUUCGUCGAGCCUAUCGCCUCCAAAGACAACAGAAAGAAUACCUUGGGAAAGGUGAGUCCCAGCAUCACUCUGAACGACAGAUCCGUCGAUCCACGGGUACUGAAAGCUCUGAAGGCUGGACAGAUAAGAAUGCCAGCACCGCCUAAGCCGAGACAGACCAAACAAACGGAACGCGAGAUGGUUGCUCCGCAACGACAGUCGACACCUACCAAACGGAAACGAGAUCAGGAUUCGCGGGACAUCUUGGACCUCAGCGGCGGAAAGAAGGUAGACAUGCAUCCGUUGAGGAUACCGCAGCCGGUGUCCAAGUUGAAGCCCAAACCGCCGGUUCGAGAUAACAUGUCGAACAUUCCGGAUCAGGGACAAGUAGUGACACUGAUGGGUGGCCACAGGUACUAUCGAGCACCUCCCGGUUCUCUGACCCCGGCUGCGCAUCGAGUCAACGACUGCCCGAUUCCUACGCCGACGCGUGCUCCGGUCUACGCUCCUGGACUCUCCAGCCCGAUGAGCACCAGUCGAGCGAACACGAAUCUGUCGUCCGUUUUCCCCAGUUUGCAGAGUCUCUACGUCCUCAGUCAAGCGCCGAAUCUUCAACAGUUCCAAAUGGACGCGAGGUUGAGGCUGCCGCGCGGACCCGAUUCGAAUUCCUCAGGUAUCUCGAACCCUGACAACCGCUCUAUUAACUGCAACGUACCACCAGGAAAGAGUCACCUAGCCGCUCAAUGCGCGCCAGUGAAGCCUGCCAGGUCGUCGGUCGCUCCUUUGGCGGUUCCAAUCGGUAAACACCAGCAACCGAGCGAAAGAUCAACCCCAGCGUGUGUGAACAGAUCCCUCGCGAACGAGAUAAACAAGGCGAACGCGUUUCGAAACAACGAGACUCCCAAUUCCACCGACACUGGCCAACAAUUGUCCGUCCAAACCAAGUAUUCACCGGUCGCAGAAAGCAACAAUCGAUACUCGCCGCGAAGCAGUGCCAAUAAUAAUGUCAACAACGGAGAUAAACCGGCAUCUACCGAGGCACCGCGCGAAUCGAAUCCGCAAACGAGCAACGAUUCUAGCAAAGAGCCGGACAAUUCGACGCGUCAGACUCCUCAACGCGAAGCGGCCAGCCCGAGAGUGUCGUCCACGGCGUCUCCGUCGCCACCUCCUGGGGACACUACAACCAGCGCGAAUAACGAGAAUGCCGCUAGUCGUAGCAGCGAGAGCGUGAACGCUGCUUCCAACGGAAUAGACGACACGCCUGCUCCAAGUCCUGCAAAGAACAACACAACCGCCGAAGUGUCGAGUAGUAAAUCACCUGCCAGCCCGGACUCCAGCUCGGUGACGAUCGAAAGUCCUUCCAGCAAACGGUGCUCCGCGGUGGAACAAGGAUCCCCGUCCCCGUCGGACGGGUCCAAGUCUUCCGAAAUUUCGACCAAGGUCCCAAACGACGCGGUCGAGGUCACGACGAACGAUAUCGAGACGAAAUCCGACGUCAAGACAACAUCCGACGACAAACAGCUCACCUCGGAAAUGUUUCAGAAGAGGCUGCUGGCCGCGUUCCCCUCCAACGAGUGGGCGAACAAUCCCAUCGCAGCUGAACACCUAGGCAAUUUUUUGAAAAGCUUGAACGCGUCGAUGAAAUCAGAGACGAAGCUGGACGGUGUCGCGCCGGAGAAGGUCGAAUCUCCGCAGCCGUGCAGCGAGGCGACGCUUGCGAACAACGAGGCCACGUCCAAGCCACCCGCGGACGUCGUCGAACAAUCUUAACCACACGAACUGCUCUACACGCGAACGAGAUGCUUCGUCCUUGAGCAAACACGUAAAAGCUACAUCACUGCCAAUGUAACGUUAUCGAAUGAUUUAGCGUGGAUGUGUAACGAUUUUUAUCGUCUAUUUAGAACGCUUUAAAACAUUGUACAGUGCGGUUCUAGAAUCUAGGGCGAAUUGUAGAUUAUUCUCGAACGUAGGUACGAAAGGUUGAUGCAGUGCUUUUGAAAGUGUUACCGAUGAUAGAAUGGUGUACGUAGUGGAAUACGCUUACACGGUUGUUUCUUAAACGGAACCAGGCAACUUUUAGAUAAAUCAAUUCUUCUCAUCGUUGUGUAUGUACAAAUGUUAUACUUUAUCUUUGUAUUCAAACCGUACCAGAUUGAGUCGGUUUGGAAUGGGUUCAAUAUAUUUAUCAAGUGCAAUAGAAAUGGACAAAAUGCUGCAUCGAAUAUUAUAAACAUGCUUUUAUGAACGAAAAAGAUAGCUGAAGACGAAGUGUAUUUAAGAUAGUAUUUGGAAUAUUGAUAUUUUGUUUUUAAAAUCGCUUCAGCAACAGAAGUUUUUAGUGACUAUUACUGAUUGCAAAUUGCAAAUUAACAAUUUUAGGUCUAGUCGUUAUAAUAUACAUUGUUGAAUGUGUUAAAUUUGGUCAAAUGAAUUAAUCCGUUUGAGAAACUGGACAGCUUUUUUGCAGCUCGCUACUUCGUUUAGGUUAAUCUUAAAAUUAUCACUUGAGUUUACUUUGAUCCUUUCAUUUUGAAAUAUGUUAGAGUCCAUUAGAAUAUGAUAAAUAGAAUUUGGAGCUUUGAAUGAUGAAAUCGAUUUCAAGAGUUUUAAACAGUCUUUUACUUAUCUCAGAAACAUAUCCAAUAGUUAUACGCUAGUACUUUCAUAUACACUAUGGCGAGAAGAAUCAAUUCAUGUAAAAAAAGAAGCAUGGUUCCAUUUAAAAAGUAAAUGAAUGCGUACAUCGCACUUGCACUGUUGCUCUAAAAAGAAGAGGCAAAAUUAGUCCUGUAUCGAUUGUUGAAUCUUCGUUAAGAAAAUAGCUCCAACUUGUUCUAGUUUCUAGAGUCACCCUGUAUACAAGGUGUUCCGUGACGUACGGCACGACCAAGCAGAGGUAAUUCAAUCACAGUGUUAUUAUAGAUAAAGCUAGGGAGACGUAAGCCUGCCUAUAAGUGGAAAUGUCCUACCGUUAGAAAGAGAACAAAAAACAGGGUACCGUAUCUAUUUCUGUACUUUUAUUACUGUGUAUGUAAAAUGUAUAUGUCAUUAGUAGACUGCGGAUCUUUAUGCAUUUAUAGGAAAUUUGAAUGUGCAAGAAAGUAUAAAAUGCAAACAAUAUGCAAGAAUAUAAGAAAGAUUGAAAGUAAAGUUCAUGUUACAAUAUUUGCAGAGUAAAAUAAAUUCGCGAAGAUUUUAUUUUGCAUCAAGAUCCGCAGUCUAGUCGUUAGUAAAAGUAUAAACGGUAACCAUUCAUGAUUAACAUGAAAACGAUAUAAAAAUGCGCUGGUAGAUAGAGAUGAGUAGGGUACCGCGGUUUUCUUUCUCUGUUUAGCUAUUGAACGGUCGGAACGCUCCUUUACUCUAUCUAUAAUAUCUCUAUGAACUCAACACGCGAAAAGAAAUCGAUGCGUUUAUUUUAUAAAAGAUCAGUGCCUCCUCGUCGGUUACACCAUCAACUACGGAACACCCUGUGUAGUCUAAUGAUAAGAUGUACGCGCGCCGCGAAAUACAGGGAGACAAAACAGCGACGACGCUGGAAAUUUUAUUUUUUCAAAUUUUUUAAAGACAGACGCAUCCUUCGAGAAGUUUGAACCUGCGCAUAGUUGCUUCGACGAGUUACCAACGUUCCAAGACACGCUCGAUUUUGCAAAAAUAAAAGAAAAAGAGGAGAAAAAGAACAAUGAAAUAAUACUUGGCAGAACUUUCAUAAAUGUCGAACGUGAUAUUCGAUACGCGAAGACUAUUACGGAAAUAAUUGUUUCGUACGAUUCUGUUACUUGUCGCGCGAUAACUGUUCCUACCUCGGUCCACUGUAACUAUGCGAAAACGGAAUGUUUCUUAAAGUACCUCGCAUUGUAUUAUAGCUGGGUUGGCUUCGAAAGGCCACUUGACUUCAUUCCGUUUACAGUAUUCGUCAUCACGAUUCGUUCGAUCUUUCAUUGACUGUCGCUCAAAUACCAUAAUCGUGUACACAGGGUUGACGAAACAGCACAACGAAAAUCUCGUAGCAGGUGCAAAUUUUGUUUUUUCCAAUCGUCUACGAUUAACUUGUAACUCUUGUACGUAAGAAGAAACACAGGGACCGAAACCGAAGGAGAAAUGACAUUUAACAAAUUCGCAGUCGAUGAUAUAAUUUACGUCAUUUGUUAAUCUAUAGCUGAUAGCCGUUGAUUAAAUCUAUAGGUAGUUGCCACCGACAUAACUGUACUUCAUUCUUUUUUAUAACGAGGCAGACAACUUUACGAGUCGAAUUUAUGGUUGCAGCAAGUGUCUAACGAUAAAUUAAUUGCAAGUUUUUUUUUUUUAUGUAAUUAUGUCGUUUAUCUUUAUAACGUAAAGAUAAAGAUAAAUGGAAUCAUGUGAAUGAAAGAUAAUUAUACAUAAUGAGGGAUGAGGAAGAGAAGGAAAAAGGAGACGAGCAACAAGAAUAUUAACUGAAAAUGGAAAAUUUCCAUUUAGUUAGAACAUUCAAAAACAAUAGGAAAUUUGUACAUGUGUACAAUACAAAUCUAUAACACACAUGUGUGAUUAUUUAGCCCGAAACACAAUUUGUUAAAACUUAUAAUUAUGCUUUCAACUUUGUAUUUUGAUAUAGCAACAACAAAAAAUACAGUCAUUUGUUUAUCUAGUUUAAAGAAUGUGUACUGCUCUCGGCUUUAAAAACUAUUAGACAUGGAUAUAUCGACUUGGCUCGUAUUAUAUUCUUCUUGCUUGAAAUUAUUGCAUAUAAAAAUUUGUGUUCUUAUAAAUGUUAUCUUCUUCUAUUUUGA